CCGGUUUUCCAUGACGACAAAAAUGCGUAAAGAUGGCGAGACUUGUGCUCUUCAACGAUGUUAAUAGUUUAUGGGUGAACGCACACUCUCCGUGACAUUAUUGUCAGGAGUGGUGUGAUCUGAUGUGCUAGGAGAAUACCUGUUUUCAUCUGCAAUCAAUGUACAGUUUUGAGAGUUGCUAGUACCCUUAUACAGAUCAUAAAGCAUCAUGCUUCAGCUGACAGGGGAUGACAUGGCUGCAGAAGUGGUCAAGCUGCCACAACUGCGGUCAUCAAUGGUUGUGGACAGGACCAAGCCCCUCCCUACCUCCCUCCAGAGUGACUUCAUUCCAGAGGACAUCCUUUUCGCUCUAACACAGCCUCCACCUGCACGUGAUAAACUUGGCCCUCCAACACGAUACAGAAACCUCAAUACAUCUUUGGUUCCAGCACGACCACCUGCAGCCAAUGUUUGGAGUCACAAGCGGAGGGAACAGUUCCAACACCUGAUGGAAAGUACCACAUGCAUCUGUGGGGCUGGCAGAGACAUCUCUUUCCUGUAUGACGUUCCACAAGAAUUUGCACAUCCAGAAAAACCUGAUCCACAUGACCACAGUUCUGUCAGAAAAAAUGCAGAACUGCCUCCGAAAAAGGCACUGCAACUGCCUGACACAUUAAUUCCAGAAGAAUACCACAUCAUCAAAAACCGGGGUGUACUGGGUCUGGAGUUUCACGAGGACAAAUACAGCUUAAAUCCACAAGACCAUGAAAAUCAUCUUACGGUGUUUCCCUCCUUGAAGCCAUCAAGUCGUUAUGAGGUGGUGCAGUUGAAGAAAACUAUGGAUGACAUGCUUCAGAAGGUCGGCUUUUUUGACAUGGAUGCUGAUUCGAAGGGACCCACUCAGCUUCAUAACCUACUGGAGUUGAUCAAGAAAGAGCAGAACAUUUACAACAUUGUUUUUCAUGAACUUAUUCGACAGGUGAGCGUUGAGUGUGUAGAACGAGGACAGCUGCUAGCAGAACUGAGGCUGAAGUACAGUGGACUGCUCAAUAAGGUUCCAAAUCAGAUCAUGAGUCUUCAUGAAGAGGUCAUGGCACAGCGGGCUCUAGACCGAAGAUUGACUGAUGAGCUGAUGCGCUUCAAAAGCACCAUCAGCAUUCUGACAAAUGAACUGUCUGAUGUAAAGGAGCAUGACAGGGUUGUGACAAAGGAAGCUCAGAAAACCCAGGAAGAUCUACGCAGUGCACUGUCGGAGGCCCAGAAAAAUGCAGCUCUUCUAGCAGAAUACCACGAUCUGUAUGAGCUGCAGCGCAAGAGGCUAGAGCGUCAGGUUUUUGCUCUGACAGAGGAGAGAGAGAUCUGGAGCACAGCUGCAUAUAGCCUUGCUCUAAAGGUAACAGAGGAGUGUCGACUAGUCACUGCCAAACGUCUUCAUGUCAGUGAAAAAAGCUGGGUGAAGCUGGCCAACCACUUCACCAUCCUCCUCAGUGACCGUGACACAGAAAUGCUGACCAAGAUCCAGCACCAUGUGGAGAGGUGGCGGGAUCUGAUCGAAGACUUCAACAUUGCCCUGCGACAACGGGAGGAGGAUGCCAAGGAGGAGCUUAUGUUCGUAAAGACUGGAGUGGAGAAGUGGAUGGCAUAUUUCCACAGCCACUGCUUUAACGAUGAUGGAGAUAUGGUAAAAAUGCCUGACUCAGCUAAAACAAAGGAGCUCCACACAGAUCUUCAAGUGUGGGACAAGAUUCUCUCAAAACAAGCUGAGCUUUUUGGAGGAGAUUUACUGCUUAGCAAUCAAGAUGAACUCUCACAGAUUCGGAGGGAAAUGGAAGGAUGGACAGACUGUGCACUUGAAGUAUUUAGCCGGCAUCGUGGUCCAAGUGGUGCCUCUCACCCAAACCAGAAGAGUUUGCUGCUUCUUAAUGAGGACAUAGGAAACCAUAUUCAGCAGUACCAGUAUCGAAUAACUGGGGAGAAUGGAGUUGCUGCGGUCAUCAUUCACCUUCAGAACAUCGUUGAGACAUGGCAGUCACGGAUCAGUGCCAUGUUGCAUGGGACUAUUCCAAUCCAAGAAAAGGACUGGUCAUCCUUGUUCUAUUCACUGGAGGAAUGGGUGGCCUCCCUGGAGAAGGCCCAUGCGUAUGUUGGCACAACACAGAGUGAGAAGGAACACCAGGAAGGGAAACCACAUGUCAGCAUCAACACUGUUGAUGUUGUUCGCAAGACACAAAAGUGGGCAACCACAUCUAGCAACUCUAUCGACAGUGAGGAUGCCAAGAUGGUGGAACAGGUAUCCUCUCUUCACUCCGAUAUGAUGCAGUGGAUGGUGCAAACCUUGCUGCGUCUGGCACCGGACAGGGAGGGUAACUCUCGUGAAGCUUCAGAGAUGGCUCUGCUAGGGAGUGUGUCAGUUCCUCAACUGAUAGAGAAUGCCAAAUGCCUGUUUAAGGUGCUGGAGGUCUUUUCCAACAGCAUCAUUAUGUGCUGUAACAGGAUAGUGAUAGAGAACACUCAAAUGCGCCAAGACAAAAUGGAGGAGAAUGCAGACUAUGAAUUAAAAGAUCUCCAGCGUCUCAAGAUGGAAUGUGAUGAGUGGAUUCGCACAGCACAGAUCUUGAUGAGCCAGCUGACAGGUGAGAGUGUCGACUCUCUCUUUCCAUCAAGCCGCCCUACAACUACAGCAUCUAGCAAAGUCCAACAGGAGGAAAGGAGCUACAUAACGUAUAAAGACCAUGAAAAACUGGACAGAAGUGAUGCAGAACCUCCAGUAGCACAGCAAGACACACUAGAAAGAUCCAAAUCUCAAGAGCAGGAACUGACUGAGAAAGGAGCAGCUGCUCUCGAUGUUCCUCCUGAGGGGCUGACAUCAGCAGCAGAAAGCCAGAGAGAAGAGGAGGGAGCACCUGGUGAACAUGCAGAAGAAGACAAGCCAAAAGAAAAGGUGCUGCAGGAGGAAGCCAGUGAGAAGAUGGAGGUUAUUGGGUACGAUGAACACACACAUAUGGCUGGCCUGGACACCUCAGACAAGAAACUGACUACUACACCUGUGAAGAUAGAAGGCUCACCUGACACCAAGAAAGCCUUUGAGGCUUUGGCUGCUAUGGGUUUACUCCAAGAGAAACUUUUCAUGACAGAACAGCGUGCCCAGGAGGCAGAAGAGCGUGUAGCAGUGGCUGAAGCAGAGGUAGCAGCCCUCCAGGAAGAGUUGCGGGCCCUGAGGAAGCAGCUGGAGAAGCAGAACAGCUUUCAGGAACAGCAUUCAGCGACAGCACUGGCCACACCAACGGCAAGUGCGGCUUCAUCUAAGCCCUUGCCGCAAGAGACUCCUGCCAGCGUGGCUGACUCUAAAGAGGACAAGGAUGGGAGGAAAAAGGACCAGGUCAAGCCCAAAUCUUCUGCAAAGGUCAAGAAAAAGCCAUAGCUGUUUUAGGACUGUGAGGUGCCUGGUCAGCUGACUGUUUUAGUGAGGUGGUUGACCAAUUGAGUUUCUUGUUUAAAGAGAAAGAAUGCUUCCACUUUGUGACAACUUGGUACUGUCUUUCUGUGGUGAGUCUGGGCUGUUACUAGGUAAUGAUUCAGUAUAGACAAAAGCCAAGAUCCACAAAAACCUGUUACUAUUAGGGUUGCUUUUUGCUCUAAUAACAUGCAUUUUAUUCAAAAAAAACAUCCAGAUCGGAUUUUCAACUGCUGAAAUAGAAAAUGUCUAAUAUAUAAUAAAUGUUCUUCUGUUUGUGUCUUAACUUUUAAUUUUGCAUGAUCAAGAGACAGUUUUUUAAAAAAAAAAAGACCUGCACUUUUAAAAUUUGUAUCAGAUAAUAAGUAUACCAUUGUUACCAACAGUAUCACCAAGUCUAGAAAAUUAUAAAUAUAUAGAUAUCUUCUGUUUUAAGGCCCUAUAUGUCUACCAUACCUAAACGAUUCAAGAGUUAGUUGCUUAUGAAUUGUCCAAGUGUAUGUCAAUAUUCCAAAGUAGACAUGUUACCUUAGUGUGUAUAGGUGUAUGUGUGUUUUGUGUGAGAGAGAGGUGAAUUACAAUCGUGUUUAUAGCCAGUGAUCACUGUGCUUGUGAUCAAUGCUUUGCCUCAUUCUACAACUUCAGUGCAAGUCAUCAACUGGCUGCUCCAGAGCUUGUCUUAUAUACAGUCGGACCUCGAUAAGUCGACUUUCCCUAAGUCGAAAACUUCCCUAUAUCGAAUUAAUUGUUAGUUCCCGGCCAAAUACCUACGCCUAUUACGCCAUUUUCCCUAACUCGAAAACUCCGUAAGUCAAAUUUUUUUUCGGGUCCCUUUGAGUUCAACUUAUUGAGGUCCGACUGUACCACUCAACUGUGGAUGAUGCUUGCAUUUUAUCAUUAUUUUGAUAAUGUCCUGAAGUUGUUAUUAGUGACACACUGUAAUGUUUGCCAUCAGCAAGUUGUAUGUCCAUAAUGUGAGGCCGACAUAUGCUCUCCUAGGCUAUUUUUAAGGGGUGCCUUUUUCCUCAGCCUGGGUUUCUGUGUACUAAAAGUAAAACACUUGUUAUGUGGGGAGUUUUUUAAGCAUGUGUGUCAAUUUAAUGAUGUGUUAAAAGUUUAAGGGUGGUAAAAAAUAACAAGCAAAAUGUUUUAUUGAAAAAAAUAUGACUAAGCUUGUAUUGUACGUUGUACUGAUUGUGCAUUAUCAGCUGAAAUUAUUGUCAGUAGAAUUCUAAUGGAUUAUUCUAAUAUUAACAAUUUUGAUAAGACUUUAUGAUGUUUGUAUCAGUCAUGUGUACCUAAUAGUGCCCACGGUCAACACAUUGUUUGAAACUGGAAUUUUUUUUUUAUUUGGGUGUUAGUAGGUUAAAGUAUAUCACUUGUAUAUGAAGGUUAUAUGAAGGUUUCAGGUAACUUUUCUCAACCUAUUACUAACCAAAAGAAGCUAUGGUACGGUUUUUGACGUGUAGGGAAGUAGGGCAGUAAGUGUGGGAUAAGGAUAAAGAUGAAGCAGAUGGAAUCAGUACUUAAUUUCCAUUAGUCUUUAACUUUCUUCUCUUAUACAUUUUAUAAAGCUUCAUAAAAUUUUAAAAAGCCAACAUAGUAAUUAGAAAAUGUUCAUUUGCUUAGAAAAAAAAUGGCCUCGGCUGCAACAUAUCAAUCAAUAAUUUCACAAUUUGUUAGAGUUAAGUAAUAUCAUAGAAUAUUUGAGAUGCUUGGAAGGUCCUUUAUAGUUAAAUGUCCUUUAAUUGUCCGAAAGUGCCUCAUGGCCUACUCAAAAUGUGCUUUUACAAUUUAAAUGACACUUGCCAAAGUACCAUCAAAGUGAAUCCUUGUUUGACUGCACAAUAAUUUCUCCUUCUUAGGGUGUCAUAACAAAAAACAGAUGCGUACCCACUGAAAAGCAGACAUCUUUAUCAGCAUUAUUAUUUUAGAAGGGAAAAAAAUGUUAUAUGUUUUGUGGCAUUGUAAUGUGCUGUUUACUUGUGAUACAUAGCUUUAUAAGAAACUAUUUUUGGAAAAAUGUUGCUGAGAUCCUAAUUUAUUGUUUUAAGACAUUACUGCUGAUUCAAUGUGCGCAGUUUUUCUAAUGUUUUUGUCUAGUUGUAUUAAAAAAAGCAUUAAUAAAGAAAACUUUUAAACUGUUGAUCCAUCAGAAGAUUCAAAUUAUGCUUCGUAUACUUUGUGCAGAAGCAAUUAAAGUAUUAUAUGUU